AUGCGGCGGUGGAUGUUGGUAGCGCUGGCGCUGUUUGCGGCGUGUGCUCGUGCGCCGGCGUCGGCCGAGAGCGACCCCGAGCUGCUGGCAAAGGGAGCCGAGGCGCUGCGGCUGAUCCGGCGCCGCGCAGAGAGGUUCCCCGACCGGCCGGAGGCGCGCAUCUACAAGGGCACACUGGCCGACCGCGGCAUGUACCCCUACGCCGCGUUCGCCGCCGUCUUCGGCCGCGCGUGCUCCUCCACCAUCGUAGACCGCAGGUUCGUGCUGCUCACCAGGAUGUGCACCGACGCCAGGCCGGACGACGGUAUCGUGAUGGCGGGCGGCACGGAGUUCACGACGAUCCAGGACCUGACGCCGCCAGAGGUGCAGAUCCGGCAGAUCCAGCGGUGGUGGGUCCACCCGUACCGGCACGUGCUCUGGCACGACAUCACCAUCGCGCGCCUGUUCGCGCCCUGGGUCUUCGGGGAGUUCGUCGGCACGCUGCCCAUUCCCGACCAGCACACGUGGGGCAGCGGCAAGCAGACGUGCACCAUGAUGGGCUUCGGCGAGGCGGUGGUGGGCGACCGCCAGCACCUGCUGCACUAUGUGGCGCUGGAGAUGCGCGACUACGGGCCGUGCCAGGAGCUCGCCUCGGCCAUCGGCAUCCCCAUCGGCGACAACUCCUUCUGCACCACCAAGACCAAGAAGGCGUCCAUGUGCGAGGGGGACUCCGGCGGGCCGGUCACGUGCCGAGGGCAGCUGUACGGGAUCAACUCAGACAAGAUUCCGAAGGGGCCGAAGCUGAUCCGCGAGUGCGGCGAGAAGGUGCUGUGUAACUACUUCAUGUACCUGGGCUACUACAAGGGCUGGAUCAACCGCAUCAUCUAUAACAACACGCUAACAGACACGGACUCCACGCCGCUGCCCACCAGACGCCCCAUCAUCCACGGGACCGAGGGUGGGAUAAGGGCUGCAGCAGCUGCCACCGCAGCAUGUCCCCUGCUAGCGGCGUGCCCGCGCCAGGAGCCCAAGCCGCGCGUCUUCUUCGGCACGCCCGCCAAGCUCAAGCAGUUCCCCAACGCGGCGCUGGCCGUGGUGCUGUUCAGAGCCUGCACCGCCACCAUCGUGCACACCCGCUUCCUGCUGCUCAGCUCCUGGUGCACGGCCGGCCGCGUCCAGGAUGGCGUGGUGAUGGCGGGCAACGUGCAGUUCCACGACUUCCGCGACAUCAUCUACCCCGUGGUGCAGGUGCGGCUGAUCCAGCGCUGGUGGAUGUACCCCUGGGACCACGCGCAGUGGAACGACAUCACCGUCGCCCAGGUCUACGUGCCCUUCGUGUUCAACAGCUACGUCGAGAUGGAGCCUCUGACCGACUGGUCCACCUUCGGGAACACGUCAAAGCUGUGCCAGAUCGCAGGCUUCGGUGAGCAGUUCUCCUGGGACGUGCGGCACACGUUGCACUACGCCGCCCUCGAGAUGACCGACAGCGUCGAAUGCAAGACCGGCGCCGGAGCUUUCAACGCACCCGUCGGCGAGAACGUCUUUUGCACGAAAGACACCGAGGAGAACACCAUGUGUGACGGCGACGCCGGCGGGCCCGUCAUGUGCUACGGGUUUUUGAAUGGCAUCAUCUCUGACAUGGUACCAGUGAGAGAUGACUUCAUGCGCAAUUGUAGCUCACCGGCCAAAAGCAACUACUUCAUGUUCGUCGGCUACUACAGGAAGUGGAUCAUGGGUACCAUAGUGAACAACACUCCUACUCAGGAAGAGGAAAGCAACGAGAUACCCCACAGCCACCGCCGCCCACAAGCAGCCAGUGCGGUGCCCGCUCCCACCCCCACUCCACCUGUGGGUGGGGUCUCACUGUGCCUAUGUUCGCUGCUCUACUCCACUGUUCUCAAUAAAUGAAGUGUCCGUGUCCUGCAGCUGGUCUCAUUUCCAUUCCAAACUACCAAUUAGAGUGACUCUUAUGAGGAACUAUUUUUAAAGAUUUUCUAUAUUUUUCCUUGAACUGCCCUCCACUUUAUUU